AUGCCGCUAAUAUCAAGCUUCACUGUUUGUCAACGACAUCCACUCAGAGACAAGAUGGCGACCACCGUCAGCACGCAGCGCGGCCAGGUGUACAUCGGAGAGCUGCCCCAGGACUUCCUCCGCAUCAGUCCCACUCAGCAGCAGCAGCAGGUGCAGUUAGACGCCCAGGCCGCACGGCAGCUGCAGUAUGGGGGCGCUCUGAGCACUAUCGGCCGCCUCAGUAUCACCGUCGUCCAGGCCAAACUCGCCAAAAACUACGGCAUGACGCGGAUGGACCCGUACUGUAGGGUCCGGUUGGGGUACGCGGUGUACGAGACUCCCACAGCUCAUAACGGAGCCAAGAACCCUCGCUGGAACAAGGUGAUCCAGUGCACCGUGCCCCCAGGAGUGGACUCGUUUUACGUGGAGAUCUUUGACGAGAGGGCGUUCUCCAUGGACGACCGGAUCGCCUGGACUCAUGUGACCAUCCCAGAGAGUCUGAGGGAGGGCACGGUGGUGGACGAGUGGUUCAGCUUAAGCGGAAGACAAGGGGACGACAAAGAAGGAAUGAUCAACCUGGUCAUGUCGUACGCUUCGCUGCCUGCUGGAGUGAUGCCUCAGCCGGUGGUCCUCAUGCCUUCCGUGUACCAACAGGGAGUGGGCUACGUCCCCAUCUCAGGAGUCCCAGCAGGAGUCUAUAACCAGGGCAUGGUCCCUAUCGGGGUCCCGGGACCACACGCAGCCCCCGUGAGCCAGGGCCCAGUGUGCAGUGAGGGGGAUCUGAAGGCCCUGCAGGACAUGUUCCCAAACCUGGACCCUGAGGUGGUGCGCACUGUGCUGGAGGCCCAACAAGGCAACAAGGACGCAGCCAUAAACUCUCUGCUGCAGAUGGCGGAGGAGCUCUAA